UUCACCUUUCCCCUGAGAAACUGUACCUGAAAUAUCCACACUCAUUUAAAUCGCAAUGGCCAGUAAUCACUAUUCACUAUCAGGAGAUGAUCUAAGCCGAUACCCCGGAGCCACAACCACCCAACUUCCCAAAAUCGACUUCGACGAACCCCUUCACCACGACGGACCACCACCGCCCCCAGGCGCCGGCGAAGGGCCUCGCCGCAGCAAGAAUGCGCCCGUGCUGGAGCGUCGCUGGUACGACCCUCGGGGCUGGUCGACCCGUACGCGCCUCCUCGUCGCCGCCGGCAUCGCCAUCGUCAUCAUCAUCGCGGUAGUCGUCGGGGCCGUCGAGGGCACCAAGAGAUCUAGCAGCUACCCGGACUACUCGCGCCUGAACUACGAACUGGUCGAUACUUACGCGGGGGCCUCGUUCUUCGACCGCUUCGACUACUACUCGGGCGUCGACCCCACCGACGGCUUCGUGCAGUACGUCAACAAAUCCACCGCGCAGUCCCUGAACCUGACGUACGUCACGCCGGACGCCUCGUCGGCGGUGCUGCGCGUCGACACGGCGGACCGCAACGCGAGCCACGGCCGCCGCUCCGUGCGCCUUGAGUCCACCACCAGCUACGACACGGGCCUGUUCGUCUUCGAUAUCCGGCACUCGCCCUACGGCUGUGGCCUGUGGCCCGCCCUGUGGCUGACCGACACGGUCAACUGGCCGGCCAACGGCGAGAUCGACGUCGUCGAGACCAACAACCUCGCCACCGAGGGCAACGCCGUCACCCUGCACACGGACGCGGGCUGCAACAUGAAGAACGUCAAGCGCAAGCAGACGGGAACCUCGAAUCUCGUCACCUGCGAUAACAGCACGCACAGUAACGCCGGCUGCGGGGUGCAGGGCCCGCCGAGCACCUACGGCCAGGAGUUGAAUGAGAAUGGUGGCGGGAUCUACGCCCUCGAACUCCGCGACGCAGGCAUCCGCACAUGGUUCUUCCCCCGCGCCGCCAUCCCGGCCGACAUCACCUCGAGUACCAGUAGCACCUCCACCAACACCUCCACCAAUACCUCCGCAACCCCCGACCCGUCAACGUGGGGCACCCCCCUGGCCGACUUCCCCAACACCCACUGCGACAUCGCCGCCCACUUCCGCAACCAGAGCAUCAUCGCCAACAUCGACCUCUGCGGCGAGCUCGGCGCCCAGAAGCAGUUCUACACCGACCUCUACCACUGCCCCGGCCGGUGUGUGGACUUCGUGCGCAGCCAUCCGGAUAAUUUCACCCAGGCGUAUUGGGAGUUUGCGGGCUUUUGGGUCUUUCGGGUUACGUAGUAGAUCGAUCAUAGAUUUGACUGUAUAUAUAUAUGUAGAGAUGUAGAUAGAUUGGAUUAGAAGGAUUGUGGGAUUAGCGGGGUUAGAGUUGGGUUUCACACGUUCGUUUUAUGGGUUUCGUGCUUGCUGGAUGAGCGCGCUUUGAUUAUGGGUAUUUCCAUGUUUGUG